ACAUAUAGGCUAUGUGUGAUACAAGACUGUGGACUGCAGCAAUGAGUGCAAACUUUUCCAAAGCCUUAGGGAGUAGCAUGAGCAAUGGCUUGAAUGGCCAUUAUCAGUGUGCUGAGACUGAGCUGAACUCUACGGAGGGUGAGCUUUUCCUCUCCGAGGCUUUCAAAGUCAUCUUGGAAGAGGCGGUUCAUAAAGCUACAGAUGUGAAGGAAAAGGUGUGUGAGUGGAAGGAUCCUGACCAGCUGAGGGAUGUGCUAGACCUGGAGCUGAGAGACCAUGGAGAAACCCACCAGCAGCUGCUGCAGAGAGUCCGCGACGUGGCCAAACACAGCGUUAAAACGAAUCACCCACGCUUCUUUAAUCAGUUGUUUGCAGGAGUGGACUACCACGCCCUGACUGGACGGCUCCUCACAGAGACACUCAACACCAGCCAGUACACCUAUGAGGUGGCCCCAGCGUUUGUUCUAAUGGAGGAUGUGGUGCUGCGUAAACUGCGCUCGCUCGUGGGCUGGGCAGAGGGCGAUGGUAUCUUCUGCCCCGGGGGGUCCAUGUCAAACAUGUACGCCAUGAAUGUGGCCCGAUACUGGGCAUUCCCGCAGGCGAAAACCCAGGGGCUGUGGUCCGUUCCUCGCCUGGCUGUGUUCACAUCCCAGGAGAGUCACUACUCGAUGAAAAAGUCUGCUGCGUUUCUUGGUAUCGGGACGGAGAACGUUUACCAUGUGAAAGUUGAUGAAAGCGGCAGAAUGAUCCCAGAGGACCUCGAAGCUAAAAUUGUUCAUGCCAAAUCACAAGGCGCGGUCCCAUUCUUCGUCAACGCCACGGCCGGCUCCACCGUGCAAGGGGCCUUUGACCCCCUCGACCGCAUAGCUGACAUCAGCGAGAGCAACGGCAUGUGGAUGCACGUCGAUGCUGCAUGGGGGGGCAGUGUGCUGUUUUCCAAGAAACACAAGCAUCUGGUUGCAGGCAUUGAAAGGGCGAACUCUAUGACAUGGAAUCCACAUAAAAUGCUUAUGGCGGGACUUCAGUGCUCUGUGAUUCUGAUGAGAGACACAACGGACCUGCUGAUGCGCUGCCACUGUGCCAAUGCUACAUACUUAUUCCAGCAAGACAAGUUCUACGAUAUAAGUCUGGACACUGGGGACAAGUCUAUCCAGUGCGGGCGCAAAGUUGAUUGCCUGAAGCUGUGGCUCAUGUGGAAGGCAGUGGGCUCUCAAGGCUUAGCCAACCGUGUUGACAUGGCUUUUGCCAACACAAGGUAUUUUGUUGAGAAAUUGAAGAAAAGAGAGGGGUUUCAGCUUGUUUCAGAGCCACAGUUUGUGAAUGUAUGCUUCUGGUAUAUACCACCCAGUCUGAGAGGAAAAGAGAACAGCGCAGACUACAAGGACAAAUUAGCCAAGGUGGCGCCAAUCAUCAAAGAACGCAUGGUGAAACAGGGCUCAAUGAUGGUGGGUUAUCAGCCUUUGGAUGGGAGAGUCAACUUUUUCCGCAUGGUCAUCCUUUCUCCCCAGCUGACUCAGAGUGACUUGGAUUUCUGUCUUGAUGAGAUAGAGAGGCUGGGAAGAGAUCUGUAACUUAAACGACUGUCGGUUAUUAUUUUCCCUUUUAUAACAUUGUUCUUUCAACACGCUGUGUAAUUGUCACCCUCUAUAUUAGUUUAAUUUGUCUGACCAACCUGUAACUUUAGAACUCAAGGUCAAUGUAAACUUUAGAUUCACCCAAGGGCUAUUGCACAGCCAGCAGUCAGACAUCAACAAUAAUCAACACACUCCAGAUAAACCGAUCUACACAGAAAAAAAUGUUUAUUAUUCAAAAGUCACUAUGUAAAUUUGUUUUUAAAGGUAGGUUACUGAUUGGUUGGAAUAAAAGAUUAGACCAUCA